UCUUCAUCAGUGAUUUUUAUUUAUAGCUGUUGGGAACGUAUAUGCAAGGUUUGCGCACUGCCAAACACUCGCACUACAGCGAAGUGCAUGGCGUAUAUAUUCGGCUGCAUAAACUUUAUUUUUCCUCCUGAUCAUGACUAAUACUUUCGAGAAAAUUAUGUCUCCUAUAAUAAACCGAGUGGCCGGGACUCGUAUAGUGCAGUUUACAUACAAUCGUCGCAUACCUCGAGGAGGAUCCAGACAUUACCACUCAAAAUUAGCGCGACUGAGCACUCCGGAACUGCUUCUUAGCAAGCUCAAUGUCCAAAAUUUUCACAUCUUCCCAUCUUCACCUCUAAAUUUGUUUUAACCCCUUGCCCACAGAAACGCUAUCGCAAGCUUGCAAGGAAGGCUCAGUGAUAGAUGAUCAACUUGGCCAGCGGCAUGUGUGUCGUGGCGGGAAACUGAUCGCUUGUCGCGUGAGGCGGGAAUGGAUCGGGAUGCAUCCCGGAGAGAGGUACCGUUUUAUUCACACCCUGAAGAUGGCAUCUGAGCGACAAGAUUACCAAAACCUUGUUAAAACACACACCAAGCAGUUCCGAAGCAUUCAUAACAAAAAGCAGUUCCUAGCGUGGCACCGCUGGUACCUCCUGAAGAUGGAAAACAUUCUGCGCGAAGUGGACCCAAUUGUCACGGUGCCCUAUUGGGACUGGAGUUUGUGGUCCGGUGAACCCUGGCUGAAUGAGAUUAUGAGCGUGUGGAGCGAUGCACCAUGGGGUUUUGGCGGUAACGGUGGUGGAAGAGACAAUUGUGUGUACAGCGGACCUUUUAGGAAAGACCAGUGGUGGUUACCUGACGGUGGAUGCCUUAAAAGAAAGUUUAACGGAAAACCACCAGAUUGCAUAGCAGUUCACAAAUGCCUUCGCACCUCUUACAACAACUUCCCCGAAUUUGAGAGGACACUCCGCGUCAACUUACACAACGACAUGCACUGCAGAAUUGGCGGGAAUACUGGAACCAUGUGCGGCAUUUAUUCAGCCAAUGCCCCAGAGUUCCUUCUGCACCACGCCUUCACCGACAAAAUCUGGACCGACUGGCAGAAGAAGGGUAGCCGCUACAAGAACGCUUACACUCAAGGCACCAUCAAACUGUAUGGAAUAUCCCCCCGGCUCAGGCCUCAGAACUUGUUGGAUCAGUUCAAGCAGCCCGGAGGGGUUUGCGUGUUGUACGACGACCCUACUCAUGAGAGCUACAAACUGUGUCAUGACCAGCUGGCUAGUCUGAGCAUAGCAGAGAUUGAUGCCAUUCCCAGACGAUCGUUCACUCGGCUGAGCAACCUAGAGUUUGAUUUGUUCGUGGCGAACGAGAGGGAAAGGACCAUGGCGAACAGAGAGAUGCAGAAACUCGAACCCAGGCACGUCUUGUCCAAAAACACGAAGUUGAAUUCGCAGGAUAACAGAUUGGGAUUCAAAGUGGAAGAUGUCAAAGAAGCAACAGAGAGAAAGAGGAAGAAGAGAGGAGAAAUAAUCAACAGCAAACAAAAUUAAUCAACGUGGUUACAGCACAGCAAUGACUCGCAGUGAACGGGAGUUAACAUAACAAAAACGUCCAUUUGAACAGUUCUUAACUGACUGUCGAGCAUAACUCUGUGUUUCCUUUGGUUUUUUGUUUGCCGAGAUCUGUGAUUGGUUGAAAGGACGUCAUGUAAAUUGUUCUAAUUAAUCACCAUUAAACACUAGGCUUUUCUCAACCAAACAGGAGCAAAAUAAAACAAUUGCGGCUUGACUUAGCUGGUUGAACCUUUUUUGCCUCUUCAGUUCUGAUUAAUAAAUUACACUCUUUCUGUAUUGUGACUGGCUAGUGGAAAUACAACAUCAUUCAAAAACAUGUUCAUAUGUUGUUGUGAUCAAAGCGCUUAGCUACACCUAGCUAAUAAACAGGCAUGCACUUAGACUGCCGCAUAAACUUGUUAUGACAGUCAUUUCAAAACAGUUCUGUAAGAAGUAUAGUCAAAUUGUUCUACUCAUUUAACCCCCGGUAACUUUUAGAUGUAACUGAAGGAGGUUGUUGCUGUUGUUGUCAAGUUUGUUAUGAUGCUUAGAAGCUCAUAGGUAUUAUCUUUUUACGUUUUAAUGAACGAACAGUUUUUAAAAUUUAGUUAAGUUUCGCAGGUAAAAUGUCCUAUAAACAAAGAUGGAAAAAAGAAUUUUGCAAACCCCUUUUCAUUCGUUUGAUAUCAGACAGUCUAGAGAGAAACGCCACGGGGGAAGGGGGGUGGUACUCUACAAAGUUUUAAAAGGGGAGGAUCCGCACCCAGGUCCAACCCUUUCCUAUACCAUUUUGACAGAAAGAGUACCUCUUUUGUAUACUUCUAAUAGAGAAAAGACUUUCCUUUAACAUGCUUUCAUAACCAGCCCGCAUUAUGAAUAAACCGCUAAGAAAUGAAAUGUUCUUGCCAUUUUCGUUUAGCGCCUAAUAAAUGAAAUGAUACAGCCACAAGGUGCGUCCGUUCGAAAUAUUUCAAUUAAAGGCUCUUUAAAAGAACUAAAUGGCAGAUUUCCCUACUCUUUCACAUACCCAAACUUGUGAAAUCCCUACCCUUUUGUAUACCUGAGCAUGCCCAUUGUUCUUGUUCCUUUACUCAGUGUUUU